AUGAGGGAAAUCUCUGUAGCUGAUGAUCUACUCCUAGGAGCGAACAAAUGUCCUGUUUGUGGCAGUGACCCUCGUACACAUCCCGGACUGCGGUUCAAGAUCAACACGAAAUGCUAUCACCGAAUAUGUGAAGGUUGUGUAGAUCGAAACUUCUCCAGUGGCAAAGCCGAAUGCCCCGUAGCAGGGUGCCAUGUGAAUCUCUGGAAACGAGAAUGGCGACCACAGACUUUUGAAGAUCUCAAGAUCGAGCGCGAAGUGGAAAUUCGGAAGAAUGUGGGCAAGACUCUCGACCGUCGGGAAGAGGAAUUUGAAACAAAAAGAGACUACGAUGAUUAUCUCGAACUGAAAGAAGAGCUCAUCAUGAACCUAGUCCUCAAGAUCGACGUCCAAGCUACAAGACGAAAGCUGAAGGACUAUGCCAUCGCAAAUGGUAUCAAAACGGAUACCAACGAAACCACAAAUGAUCCUGGAACGACAAGACCAGUGAAACGACAGAAUGUGCCUAAGGAUGCCGCAGAUCCAAGUGGCUUAAUCAAGGGCUUGAAGCCGGUGAUCGCGCCCCAACCCAAGGCGCCUUACGAUCCAUUCAUGGGCAUGCCACGGACGAGAGACUACUAUCAAGUCAAGGAGAGCUAUAUUAGCCGUGCAAAGGGAAAACCUGCGGAAGCUAUGUCUGCCGCUGGAUACGACUUUCAUCAAUACAUGGACGAGUGUCUUUGGCGGGCUUUUGCCGGGCUGGGGGUGUUCAUAGAAGAUGAGAUGGGUAGGAAGCCUGUGCAUGUCCCGGUGCAGCACUGA